GAUUAUUUGCACCUGACAUAAUGAAGCACGCCAUUGAGAUAGAGACAGAGACAUAGCUGUUUGUUUCAAGCAAGAACACCAACUAGGUAAAAGAGAUUCAUUGUAGAAAAUGUAUGGACCUAAAGGAACAAGAUGUGUUAAAAGUUUGACCAACUAAGAUCAGAUAAGAUCCACUAGAAGCAUUGUAGAAUGCUUAUCCAGGACAAGGCAAAAACUAUAAAAAUAAACCUAAAGAAAAGGAUGAAUUCUGUGAGACUCUUGAGGCUUUACUAGCUACCCAAGAAGGCCAGGUCUUGGCACUGUCCGUUCUGCAGGUGGAAAGGGUGGCCCAGCAGAGAAAACCUGUCACUCCUUGGAGGUCAACAGAGAAGGAGAGGCCAAUUCCAACAUGAUUUUCUCCUGUCCCAGCAGAUAUGCAAAAGAACAACAGCUCAACUUUCCGGAGGGGCUUGAACCGGCAACUCAAAGCUGCCCUGCAAAACCACCAUCGCUUGUUGCUGACCCAAAGUGAGAAGCUGUGCACCGAUAUGGAAGACACUGAGCCAUGCAAAUGUCCUGAAGUCUACUACCCCAACCUCCUACUACUCAACAGGCCCUAUUCCAGCCCCACCAGCCAUGAUUACUUGCAGUUGGCCUCUCAUCAGACAUGGCUUCGUUCCUACCACGCCUCAUCCCAUCUGGACCUGUGUCAUCUUUUCUCUCCUUUCCCCCAGGACAGCUCCUCACCUAACCGGGUGAUGCUGAGUGGCCUUGCUGGUAUCGGCAAGACUGUCCUUGUCCAGAAGGUCCUCCAUUAUUGGGCACUAGGCAGAGCCUUCCAAGGCUUUCUUUGCGUCCUGGAUUUUUCCUUCCAGGAGCUUAGUCUCAUCACCACAAGCCAGAGUUUGGAAGAGUUAAUUUGCAUUAAGUUCACACAUCUGAGCAGAGUUCUUCCUGCAUUGCUGGAGCGACCGACGGAGCUGCUCCUGAUUUUGGAUGGACUGGGUGAGUUCAGGCAUCCCCUGGACAGCAAACAUCCUUGCCUCUGGCCAGAUGAGUCAGGCCACGUGAAAGAUCUGGUGUACGGUCUCCUCUAUGGCACCUUGCUUCCUGAGUCCACUAUUUUGGUCACAUCCAGGUCUUCUGUUCCUCUCCCACCAGAACUUUUUAACCGUCAUGUUUUUAUCCUUGGUUUACAAGAGGCACAGGUGAAGGACUAUAUCUCCCAGUCCUUCCAGAGCUCCAGUCAUGGCAUGGAAGUGAUGAAUUACCUUUCAACUCACCAUGCCUUAGCUAACUUUACCUUCAUUCCUCUUUACUGCUUUAUUCUCUGUACAGCUCUGGGCCAGUACUUUCCAGAUGAGGGGGCGAUCCGAGCCUCCCCACCCUGCACCGUCACUGAACUCUAUCUGCUUUAUGUGUGCACCAUCUUGAAGUUUCACAAGCCUCCUUCUCAACCAGAGGAAGCAAUGCAAUGGGAUCUGAGGAGGGGCAAAGAUGUGCUGCUGCAGCUUGGCCAGUUGGCCUAUGCUGGCCUGCUAAGGGGACAGACCGUGUUCUAUGCAGAUGAACUACAGGAGUUUGGUUUUGGUCUACAAAACCUGCCACCUGUUUAUCUGAAUCAGAUCUUCUUCAAGGAGACCAAUGGAAUCUACAGUUUCUUCCACUUGACCAUACAGGAAUUUUUGGCUGCAUUAUACUCUGUGGUUAACUUGGGCUUUAACGCUGGCGAAUUAACUGAUUGCCUGGAUCUCUGGUGGAAUGGAAAAACUCCAGAAACUCAAGACUCAGAGGAAUCUGCUGGUGGAUUUUACAGUUCUAUUUAUUUAUUUAUUAUUUUAUUUAUUAUAGUAUUUAUAUGCCGCCCAAUCCCAAAGGACUCUUUCACUUCUGGUCUUUCGUUAUUUUGA